AUGCAUACUGGCGCUCCAGGAGGGGGUCAGUGUACAAACGCACGAGCAUGCUCAACUCGACGCAUUUGUGAAGUGUUUGCACCUCUUCCGCCAGCGGUCCAAAGAAGCGUGUAUGUGUCUCAGCGUAUGACUACAACGUAUUCACACCACCCAGAACCCGCUAAGUAUGCAUACUGGCGCUCCAGGAGGGGGUCAGUGUACAAACGCACGAGCAUGCUCAACUCGACACUUAAUGGGGUGGUCGGGAAGUCUAAUGAAGCCUUUAUGGAUCUCAGCCCAUGGCUAAAACGUAUUCAGACAAUCCAGAACUCGCUAAGUAUGCAUACUGGCGCUCCAGGAGGGGGUCAGUGUACAAACGCACGAGCAUGCUCAACUCGACGCAUUUGUGAAGUGUUUGCACCUCUUCCGCCAGCGGUCCAAAGAAGCGUGUAUGUGUCUCAGCGUAUGACUACAACGUAUUCACACCACCCAGAACCCGCUAACGGUCCAAAGAAGCGUGUAUGUGUCUCAGCGUAUGACUACAACAACCCGCUAAGUAUGCAUACUGGCGCUCCAGGAGGGGGUCAGUGUACAAACGCACGAGCAUGCUCAACUCGACGCAUUUGUGAAGUGUUUGCACCUCUUCCGCCAGCGGUCCAAAGAAGCGUGUAUGUGUCUCAGCGUAUGACUACAACGUAUUCACACCACCCAGAACCCGCUAAGUAUGCAUACUGGCGCUCCAGGAGGGGGUCAGUGUACAAACGCACGAGCAUGCUCAACUCGACACUUAAUGGGGUGGUCGGGAAGUCUAAUGAAGCCUUUAUGGAUCUCAGCCCAUGGCUAAAACGUAUUCAGACAAUCCAGAACUCGCUAAGUAUGCAUACUGGCGCUCCAGGAGGGGGUCAGUGUACAAACGCACGAGCAUGCUCAACUCGACGCAUUUGUGAAGUGUUUGCACCUCUUCCGCCAGCGGUCCAAAGAAGCGUGUAUGUGUCUCAGCGUAUGACUACAACGUAUUCACACCACCCAGAACCCGCUAAAAGCGUGUAUGUGUCUCAGCGUAUGACUACAACGUAUUCACACCACCCAGAACCCGCUAAGUAUGCAUACUGGCGCUCCAGGAGGGGGUCAGUGUACAAACGCACGAGCAUGCUCAACUCGACACUUAAUGGGGUGGUCGGGAAGUCUAAUGAAGCCUUUAUGGAUCUCAGCCCAUGGCUAAAACGUAUUCAGACAAUCCAGAACUCGCUAAGUAUGCAUACUGGCGCUCCAGGAGGGGGUCAGUGUACAAACGCACGAGCAUGCUCAACUCGACGCAUUUGUGAAGUGUUUGCACCUCUUCCGCCAGCGGUCCAAAGAAGCGUGUAUGUGUCUCAGCGUAUGACUACAACGUAUUCACACCACCCAGAACCCGCUAACGGUCCAAAGAAGCGUGUAUGUGUCUCAGCGUAUGACUACAACAACCCGCUAAGUAUGCAUACUGGCGCUCCAGGAGGGGGUCAGUGUACAAACGCACGAGCAUGCUCAACUCGACGCAUUUGUGAAGUGUUUGCACCUCUUCCGCCAGCGGUCCAAAGAAGCGUGUAUGUGUCUCAGCGUAUGACUACAACGUAUUCACACCACCCAGAACCCGCUAAGUAUGCAUACUGGCGCUCCAGGAGGGGGUCAGUGUACAAACGCACGAGCAUGCUCAACUCGACACUUAAUGGGGUGGUCGGGAAGUCUAAUGAAGCCUUUAUGGAUCUCAGCCCAUGGCUAAAACGUAUUCAGACAAUCCAGAACUCGCUAAGUAUGCAUACUGGCGCUCCAGGAGGGGGUCAGUGUACAAACGCACGAGCAUGCUCAACUCGACGCAUUUGUGAAGUGUUUGCACCUCUUCCGCCAGCGGUCCAAAGAAGCGUGUAUGUGUCUCAGCGUAUGACUACAACGUAUUCACACCACCCAGAACCCGCUAAAAGCGUGUAUGUGUCUCAGCGUAUGACUACAACGUAUUCACACCACCCAGAACCCGCUAAGUAUGCAUACUGGCGCUCCAGGAGGGGGUCAGUGUACAAACGCACGAGCAUGCUCAACUCGACACUUAAUGGGGUGGUCGGGAAGUCUAAUGAAGCCUUUAUGGAUCUCAGCCCAUGGCUAAAACGUAUUCAGACAAUCCAGAACUCGCUAAGUAUGCAUACUGGCGCUCCAGGAGGGGGUCAGUGUACAAACGCACGAGCAUGCUCAACUCGACGCAUUUGUGAAGUGUUUGCACCUCUUCCGCCAGCGGUCCAAAGAAGCGUGUAUGUGUCUCAGCGUAUGACUACAACGUAUUCACACCACCCAGAACCCGCUAAGUAUGCAUACUGGCGCUCCAGGAGGGGGUCAGUGUACAAACGCACGAGCAUGCUCAACUCGACACUUAAUGGGGUGGUCGGGAAGUCUAAUGAAGCCUUUAUGGAUCUCAGCCCAUGGCUAAAACGUAUUCAGACAAUCCAGAACUCGCUAAGUAUGCAUACUGGCGCUCCAGGAGGGGGUCAGUGUACAAACGCACGAGCAUGCUCAACUCGACGCAUUUGUGAAGUGUUUGCACCUCUUCCGCCAGCGGUCCAAAGAAGCGUGUAUGUGUCUCAGCGUAUGACUACAACGUAUUCACACCACCCAGAACCCGCUAAAAGCGUGUAUGUGUCUCAGCGUAUGACUACAACGUAUUCACACCACCCAGAACCCGCUAAGUAUGCAUACUGGCGCUCCAGGAGGGGGUCAGUGUACAAACGCACGAGCAUGCUCAACUCGACACUUAAUGGGGUGGUCGGGAAGUCUAAUGAAGCCUUUAUGGAUCUCAGCCCAUGGCUAAAACGUAUUCAGACAAUCCAGAACUCGCUAAGUAUGCAUACUGGCGCUCCAGGAGGGGGUCAGUGUACAAACGCACGAGCAUGCUCAACUCGACGCAUUUGUGAAGUGUUUGCACCUCUUCCGCCAGCGGUCCAAAGAAGCGUGUAUGUGUCUCAGCGUAUGACUACAACGUAUUCACACCACCCAGAACCCGCUAAAAGCGUGUAUGUGUCUCAGCGUAUGACUACAACGUAUUCACACCACCCAGAACCCGCUAAGUAUGCAUACUGGCGCUCCAGGAGGGGGUCAGUGUACAAACGCACGAGCAUGCUCAACUCGACACUUAAUGGGGUGGUCGGGAAGUCUAAUGAAGCCUUUAUGGAUCUCAGCCCAUGGCUAAAACGUAUUCAGACAAUCCAGAACUCGCUAAGUAUGCAUACUGGCGCUCCAGGAGGGGGUCAGUGUACAAACGCACGAGCAUGCUCAACUCGACGCAUUUGUGAAGUGUUUGCACCUCUUCCGCCAGCGGUCCAAAGAAGCGUGUAUGUGUCUCAGCGUAUGACUACAACGUAUUCACACCACCCAGAACCCGCUAAGUAUGCAUACUGGCGCUCCAGGAGGGGGUCAGUGUACAAACGCACGAGCAUGCUCAACUCGACACUUAAUGGGGUGGUCGGGAAGUCUAAUGAAGCCUUUAUGGAUCUCAGCCCAUGGCUAAAACGUAUUCAGACAAUCCAGAACUCGCUAAGUAUGCAUACUGGCGCUCCAGGAGGGGGUCAGUGUACAAACGCACGAGCAUGCUCAACUCGACGCAUUUGUGAAGUGUUUGCACCUCUUCCGCCAGCGGUCCAAAGAAGCGUGUAUGUGUCUCAGCGUAUGACUACAACGUAUUCACACCACCCAGAACCCGCUAAAAGCGUGUAUGUGUCUCAGCGUAUGACUACAACGUAUUCACACCACCCAGAACCCGCUAAGUAUGCAUACUGGCGCUCCAGGAGGGGGUCAGUGUACAAACGCACGAGCAUGCUCAACUCGACACUUAAUGGGGUGGUCGGGAAGUCUAAUGAAGCCUUUAUGGAUCUCAGCCCAUGGCUAAAACGUAUUCAGACAAUCCAGAACUCGCUAAGUAUGCAUACUGGCGCUCCAGGAGGGGUUGCCACACGCUCCGCACGCUCCACAAAUUCUACAAGUUCUACACGUUCCACAGCUUUACCAAAUCCAUCGGGUGUACAACAUAUUAUCCAAGCACAACGAGCUCGGCGGGCUGUGCAAUGUAUCAAAGAACGAACCGUAGGCGCUGAAGAGGAACUAAUACAAAGCCAACAACAGGCAGUAAAGAGUGCUGCAGAAGGGUUGUAUGAUGGGUUCUACAGCUCCAUUGACGAAUACGCCCUGCUUGCUUUACUCGAACAAGAGGGGAAAGAUGAGAAAAAGAGUGAAAGUGAAGAGGAGGAAAGGAAACUUGGAGAAAGAAAGGCAAGCAAAACUGUGAUUCCAGCUGAGAUUGGCAGCAGGAAUGCUUGA